AUGCUUCAUGUUUCUCAUGGUUCAGAGAAUUCUCUUGUAGAAAUUAUAGCUAGAUUAAUAGACAAUGCUAUGCACCGCUUGCCUGUGAACUACGAAAUUGAGAUUACAAGGGCCGAACAUCAAA